ACAACUCUAACAUUUCAUAAUGCAUUUCAUUAAUAGUUGUUAACUAUAUUGAAAAGGAAUUUUGGACUCGAAAAUGUUGAUGUUGAUUUUCUAUGGUGUACUGUGUUUCUGGUGUGUUGCUAAUGGAGUUCGAGCCCCUGUGUAUGCUGAUGUUGAUCUUGGUAAAGGCAUUGGAGACGAACUUGCUGGCUUCCGAGAGAGCAUUGCGUCAAUGAAGUCUGAUAUUGAAUCUUUAAAGUACAGAAAAAAGAAAGUUUCCAUGGUAGCAUGUAUGAAGGGACCAUUCGCGGCUAGGGGCGCUGGAUCAGUGAUACAGAUACUUGACAUAAAAACAAUAUAUGGUAUCACACCGUCAUCUCAGUAUAGAAACGGGAUCUUUACUUGUAAGGAUCGUGGCCUGUACAUGGUAUUUGCUACUGUUACUUCUGCUAUCCACACUUCGUUCAAAUUAAUGAGAAAUAAAACGUCAGUAUCAAGGGGAUAUAUUGGAGGUUAUAGUGGACACUGGAGCUCUGGAUCUUCUAUAGCAUUCGUACAAUUGGACGAAAAAGACCAGAUUUCAAUACAAGCUGAUAAACAAAUGACGAUCGGGGACCGUUCAUGUUUUGGAGUGAUAAAGAUUGAUUAAAAAUCUAUAACUUUA